AUGCUUUUUGCAAGAACCUUGAUAGCAGAUACUAAAGGUGAAUCUAUUUUCAAUACCGUCAAAGAUUAUUUUAAAGAAAAGAAUAUUCCUCUUGUGAACAUUAUGUCGUCUGUUACCACUGAUGGAGCGCCUGCAAUGGUGGGUCGUCAUCGUAGGUUCAUCGCCUUUUUAAAGAAAGAAGUAUCAGGUAUUUUAGCUGUUCACUGCGUGAUUCACUGACUGCAUUUAGUUGCGAAAAACCUGAGCGACCGUUUGCAUCAGUCAUUACGAUAUGUCAUCUCUGCUGUCAACAAAAUUCGCAAUAAUUCUCUCAACGAUCGACUAUUUGCACAGCUGUAUACAGACAAUGACGAAGAANGAGAAGUAAGUUGCUACAAUUUAAGACCGAUAUCGAUUUAAUGACCGAUUUAUUCGCAAAAUUCAAUGACACUAAUUUGCAACUUCAAGGCGACGAGUUCAAUUACAUAACAACUAACUCUAUUAUUUCUGCUUUCCAAAAAAAAAACUAAUUUUAUGGAAGCACAAUUUUGGUCGCAACAAGUUUAGCCAGUUUCCAAUCCUGUCGGAUCUAUACAAGAACAGUAAGAUCUCGUUUGAUGACACACAAAUUUACUGUUAACACCUUCAGUCUUUGGAAAAAGAUUUUUCACAACGUUUUGAAGAUAUUUUGUCUCUGGAAGUUCCUCAAUGGGUCAUAAACCUCUUUGUAAAAAUGGAAUCAGCAAAAAUACAGUAUCAAGAAGAAUUUAUCGAAUUUUCCACUAACGAGAUAUUAAAAGCAAGUUUUAAGAAUGAUGAAAAUCUCACAGAAUUUCGGCUUCAGUCUACUAUCAGUCGAAUUUAUCCUGGGCUGUGGACUGUCGACAAAAAUUAUUAA